CUUCCUCCGCCGCCAAAAUCUUCACCUCCCUCCAAACACCCUAAUGCAUAUUUCAUCGACAUCUCCUCAAUUUCUUCUUAGCCACCCAUAAAAAAAAAGACCCAUUUUUCAGGAAUCUCCCUUUCUCUCUCCAUCUUCAUCCUUAUUAUUACUAUUAUAGACAAAAUAAUAAACAACAGGUUCCAUCAACAAAUUUCUCCAUUUUGUCUUUUUCAAAAUCAACCAAACAAUGAUGCCGGAGGUUUCUAUUUCCUCCGGCACCUCGGCUACGGCCAGGGAUGCUUUUCUCUUCGGAAAAUACGAGAUGGGAAGACUCCUCGGCUGCGGAGCUUUCGCCAAGGUUUACCACGCCAGAUCCGUCUCCACCGGUCAGAGCGUCGCCAUCAAGGUUAUCAGCAAGGCAAAGAUCGCCGGAUCUGCCAUGUCUUCGCACGUUAAACGCGAAAUCUCCAUCAUGCACCGCCUCCGCCACCCAAACAUCGUCAAGAUCUACGAAGUUCUCGCCACUAAAACCAAAAUAUACGUCGUCAUGGAAUUCGUUAAAGGCGGCGAGCUGUUCUCCAAGAUCUCCAAAGGGGGUCGGUUCGGGGAAGAUCUAGCCCGAAAGUACUUCCGUCAAUUGAUCUCCGCCCUGGAAUUCUGCCACUCCCGAGGUGUGUACCACCGAGAUCUGAAACCUGAAAACAUCCUAAUCGACGAGAAUGGUGAUCUGAAAAUGACUGAUUUCGGACUCAGCGCGUUGUCGGAUGAGCAAAUCCGUUCGGAUGGGCUUCUCCAUACACUUUGUGGGACCCCUGCUUACGUGGCGCCGGAGAUUCUUAAUAAGAAGGGAUACGAUGGUGCUAGGGCUGACGUAUGGUCGUGCGGCGUUGUACUCUUCGUCCUGACCGCCGGUUAUCUUCCGUUUCACGAUCAUAACUUGAUGACCAUGUACAAGAAAAUCUACAGGGGAGAAUAUCGAUCCCCCAAAUGGAUGUCGUCUGAUCUUAAACGCUUUCUUUCCAGGUUACUUGAUACCAAUUCCAAAACAAGGAUCACCGUUGACGAGAUCUUACGCGACCCGUGGCUAAUGAAAGGCGGCGUCGACGAUGAAUCGUCCGAGUUUCGCCCGGAGGACGGUUUCUCCCCCGAGUUCGAAUAUUGUCCGACAGAGUGUCCUCUUAACGCCUUCGAUAUUAUCUCGAUGUCGUCCGGGUUAGACCUGUCUGGGCUAUUCGGAAACUCGGCCGGGCAUGUUGAGCGAGUCGUGUCGUGUGAAAGCCCGGAGAGAAUCGUCGGGAAAGUUAGGGAGGCGGUUGAGUCAACUAAGAGCGAGUAUAACUUGAUAAGUACGAGGAGUGAAUGGGGAAUGGAGAUCGAGGGGCAGAAAGGUAAGUUCAUGCUGGAGGUUGAGAUUCACCGGUUGACGGACACGUUAGCGGUUGUCGACGUGAAAAGAAAAACCGGUGAUAUUUCUCAUUACCAGAGCCUGUGGAAGGAGAAAAUCAUGCCAAAGUUGACUGUCACGGCGGAAGCGCCGCCUGUCGCCGCCGCAGCAGACUGUGAUCAAGACUAAUAUAUAUAUAUAUAUAUAUAUAUAUAUACAUGUAUAUAUAUUAUUUUAAGAUUUUUGUGUUGGAUUAAAAUAUAAAAAUCGUAUCAAAGCCAUUGUACAUAAUGAUCAUUAAUUAGGCGGGCCAUGAUCAAUCAAGAUCAUUAUUAAUUAAUUAUUAGCCUAAUCAUUUGGUUAGGUUCUUAAUUUAGUAAAGCAUGAUAAUGCUGCUAAUAGCAAUUGCUAUUUUGCUAUAUAUAUAUUAUUAUUAUUAUUGUAUUCAUUGUGAGGCUAAACGAUUGUUAUUAGCUUCCAAUGUAUGUUGUAUACUCC